AUGGCAUCGCACUCGAAUGCCUCGAAUGUGGUGGGUGGUCACUAUCGCGUCGGCAAGAAAAUUGGGGAAGGCUCUUUUGGUGUGAUUUUUGAGGGCACUGAUCUACUUACGCAUCAACGAGUUGCUAUCAAGUUCGAGCCGCGCAAAAGCGAUGCCCCACAGCUCCGUGAUGAAUACAGGACCUACAAAGUCCUGAGUGGUAUCCAAGGUGUGCCGCAAGUAUAUUUCUUCGGUCAGGAAGGCCUUCACAAUGUGUUGGUGAUCGACCUUCUAGGUCCCUCACUAGAAGACCUGUUUGACCUGUGUGGACGACGUUUCUCUGUCAAGACUGUCGUCAUGGUGGCCAAGCAAAUGAUCACUCGUGUACAAUCUAUUCAUGAACGCAACUUGAUCUAUCGUGACAUUAAGCCAGACAACUUUUUAGUAGGACGUGGUCCUGGAAAAUCAGCGAAUAUCGUGAAUGUCGUCGAUUUCGGCAUGGCGAAGCAGUAUCGCGAUCCACGUACAAAGCAGCAUAUUCCAUACCGAGAACGCAAGAGUCUGAGUGGUACUGCGCGGUACAUGAGUAUCAACACCCAUCUUGGGCGCGAGCAGUCUCGCCGCGAUGACCUUGAGGCUUUGGGCCAUGUCUUUUUGUAUUUCCUUCGCGGAAGCUUGCCGUGGCAGGGCCUCAAAGCCGCCACGAACAAGCAAAAAUAUGAAAAGAUCGGUGAGAAGAAGCAGAGCACCACGAUUAAAGAGCUGUGUGACGGAUUCCCCGAAGAGUUUGGUAUCUAUCUCAACUAUGUCCGCAAGCUUGGGUUUGAGGAGACGCCCGAUUAUGACUUUUUGCGCGAGCUCUUCUCCAAAGUGCUGCGUGACUUGGGCGAAGUGGACGAUGGCGUUUACGACUGGCUUUUGGUGAAUCACGUCAAAGGUACCGAGGGCGACGCUUCUCGCCAAGGCCAGACGGGACGUGCUGCGCACGAUGCCACGCCGCCUGUGGACUCCGCCGGUGCCGGCGCCAUCACGGGUGCCUCCGGUGCUGGGGCUGGUGCACCCACCGCUCAAGGCGCACGCAACAGGCAGCGUGUAGGAGAAAUGGGAACGCGCUUGAGCACCGCCGAAAUUCGGACGGAGCAGGGCUUUGCGCCAAUUCGCGAGGCAACGCAGAGCGGUGGUGCUUUGCAUGGCAUGGGUGCAUCGCGGUCUCAAAAUGUCACUUCAGCUUCUGCUGCUGCUGUUCGUGGGUCUCCAGCUACCGGACAGGUAGAAGAACGUCCACGCCCGUCGGCUCGGCGCCAGAACACGCGUGUAUCUACUAUGGCGUCGCCCAUGUCAACUGGCAUGGGCGCUGGUGCAGGCUCACCCAGUCCCUUUGAUGCCAACCCUACUCAGAUCCCCGCGCGUGGUGCACCGAAUGUCCCCCAAGGUCCUAAAGCUCCUGAACGUCGGACAUUUGGUCAGCGCCUUGUCGAUUUUUUCCUGUGUCGCUGUGAUUAG